UACGAAUGUACGAUUUUAAAAUCAAUGACAAAAAGGAAUUAUGAUGUGGUUCCAGCUUAAAUUAUUGCUUAUAAAUCGUUUUUUUUAAAAAUGAUAUGUAAAUUAUUUAAUAAAAAUAUUCAAUCAUGUUUAAUCAACAGUAUUUUAGCCGAUUUGAAAAUCGCUUAGAGCAAUAUAAAAAUAACAGUAUUUUAGGUAGAUUCGUGCUUUUUGCUAUAUUUUUCUUUUUCUUAUUGACGUCAUGGAAAGUGAUUUUUCGACGUCUGGUAGGCAACGAAACAAAUAUUAUUUUUAUCGAUACUAGUAAAUCUUUACAUCAUGUAACAGGCAAAUAUUUUAUGAGUUUUGCAUUAGAUUCAUCAAAUAUCGCUGAUGGAUUUAAGACAUUCAAACCGAGCAAUCCAAAAUUGAUAAAUCUAGUAUCAAUGUUGGGUCCAGCAUAUUUACGUAUUGGUGGUAAUAUGGCUGAUCAAUUGAUUUAUGCUGGACAUUUAAAGGAUUCCGAAUCAAUUGAUUCUGAAUACGAUGGACUCUUUGAAAAUUAUAUCAUGAAAGAAAAUCAAUGGAUAGAAUUACAUGAAUUUAUCAAUAAAACAAAAAUGGAAUUAAUCUUUGAUUUGAAUGUCUUAAAUCGAAAUCCUGAUGGUAGUUGGAAUUCAACAAAUGCCGAAAAUUUAAUACAUUUUUCUGCUAAUCAUAAUUACUUUUCACAUUGGGAAUUAGGAAAUGAACCAAAUGCUUUUAAACAUCAAUUUAACGUCACCAUAAACGCAACACAAUUAGCCAAAGACUUUCAACAAUUACGCAAUAUUUUAAAUCGUUAUCCACAAUAUAAAAGCUCAAUGUUAUUAGGACCAGAUACUACACGACCACUCACAAAAAAUAGUUCCAGCGUACAAUACUUUAAAGAAUUUAUUGAUUCAAAUGCAACUGUCGAUGUAUUAACUUGGCAUCAGUAUUAUUUAAAUGGUCAUAAUACCACCUGCGAUAAAUUUUAUAAUAUAAAAACAUUUGAAAUGCUCGAAACUCAAAUGAAAACAAUCAAAAAUAUUGUCUCAAAUAGUGAAAUGAAAAAUGUUCCAGUUUGGUUGGGUGAAACUAGUAGUGCUUAUGGAGGAGGUGCACCUAAUCUAUCUGAUUCUUUUAUUGGUGGUUUUUUAUGGCUUGAUAAAUUGGGCUUGGCUGCUAAACAUGGCAUGGAUACUGUUAUCCGUCAAUCAAUCUUUGGCGGCUAUUAUGCCUUAAUUGAUGACAAUUAUAAUCCAAAUCCGGAUUGGUGGAUUUCAUUAAUUUAUAAGUCUUUGGUAGGAAACAGAGUAUUAAAUUACUACACGGCUACAAAUAAGAAAGUUCGAUUAUAUUGUCAUUGUACGGUAGAGGAAUCUUUAGUUGAUCAUUUACAAGGUGUUACAGUGUUUGGGAUAAAUUUAAACUCUUAUCCAACACAAGUUGAAAUUCAAAUACUAAAUAAUGUACAUUAUAGCCGACAUACCAAAGUUUUUGAGUAUGGUCUAACAGGAUUUGGAAAGCUCACAUCAAGAGAAAUUGCACUGAAUAAUGUUCCUUUAAAAUUAACACCAGAUGGAAAAGUGCCUCCAUUUAAACCAAAAAUCAGAUAUUUAAAUUCAUAUCAUGUAAUGCCACCAUUUUCCAUUGUAUUUUGGGUUGUUCAUGGAAUCAGUGUUCCGUUAUGUCAAGUGUGAAUUUUUAGCUUUUUAUUUAAUAAAAUUUUUUUACUGUCUUAAA